AUGGCUCUGGCGCCUGGGGCAAGACAGCCACAUGGAUUUGAGCCUCCGCCAUCGUCUAUCUUGGCCACUCAUGUCGUCCGGGGACAGGGUGUCCCAGAUCUGGAUCGACACCAUUUCAACCAGUUGUUGACUGAAGUGCUCGGCUCCAACGACGAGGGCCAGCCUAACCUGGGUGAUGAUGUCUCCGUCAAUCACAAGCUCAUCUGUAUCAUAUUUCAAGUCGGCAUCGAACCAGCCCUUGAAGAAAAUCCCUUUAGAGCCGCGGCUGCUUCAGGUAAGGUCGAUGCUCAGCUGAGACGAUGCCUCGCCGUGCUGCAGGUCGCUAUCGAGAGAUCGCCCCAAGUUCUUUUUAUGAUAUCGGAUCCUCCUGGCAAAGACGUGACUGGUCCACCAUGUCCACUAUACUACUGGCUGAUCCCUAGACUUCUACCGGUUAUCCCCCUGUGCCAGGAGGUCGAGGCUCGAGAUGCCGUGCUGGAUGUCUUCAAUGCCAUGCUUGAAGUUGACAAAAAGUGUGCAACUGCAUAUUCAUGUGGCAAUGUCUUAGAGUUCUUGAGAAGGUGCAUAUCAGGUCUUGUCAAGAUCACAGCCUCUCUCCACAUCCGACAUCCCCGAAAAGCCAUCAUCAUCGAUCCCGAGGACUUUGCCACUGCAGUGUCGGAUGUCACCCGUGGUACUCCUGUCACCAUACCAGCCCUCAAGUUCCCUUCGCUCCGCCUGCUGUUCAUGACCCUCGCUCGUUCGUUGAAGGUCGUUUCCAAGCAUUCCGAAACUGCUCAGGACAAAUUGCAAUUUUGGAAAGUCUUCACGCGGUUCCGUCAGUUUGUGGACGAUUACAGUGAUUUGACAAUCGAGAAGGAUCCAUCCGAGGAAUUAUCCCAUGAGAUUCGCAGCUUGAACAAUACACCGCGUCGGCCCCGUUCAAAGCCGGCCACUAGCAACAUCGCCGAAACGUGGCCUGAGAGCGACAGGGCUCGCAAACGUCUGCGCCUCUCCACCGACACUGAAGAUGGCCUCCCAAACCAGAGUUCGCAACAAAAGGUCUGCCGUCGAAUUACCAUGGAGCUCACAGGCCGCGCCGUCCCUGACCUCGAUGGACUCAGUCAGGCAGCGUCGGCGAAUUUCCGUCGUCUAUCCGAAGACAAGCAGUGCGCUGCCCUUGAAGCAUUGGGGACAGCCGCCUGCCAACUGGCCCUACAAUCGCAGGAAAGUCAUUGUCAAAUAUGUGACGAAGGAAGCGAUUCUGCAAACACUUCUGAAAUCCCUGUUGCAGCCACGAGUGAAGAGCUACUCAAGACCUUGGUAGCCCUUGUUCAAAGCAUUUCGCGGCAGUCGAGGGCUCGAGUGGCAGCCAUGUCGGCACUGCGUCGUGUUCUCAUGCAUACGGACUCGGCCUCGGAUUUGAAACUGAGUCAGACACCUGCCGGUGACUGGUGCCUUCAGUCGCUCAAGAGUUCAUCUAGAGAUCUUCGCAUCACCGCAACUAGAACUUUGCAAGCCUAUGUGAUGAGGAGGAGGAGCGUCGACGUUUCUCUAAUCCGGGAAAACAGAAUCACCGCAUUGGACCUUCUGCAUAUCCUCUGGGAAAAGGCCGAGGUUGCCGUACAGGAGACCUCUGUGAUGGCUCUGGUACAAAUGGCUCAAGUGGUUGGUGAUGAAGAAUUGAACAUCAUUCUCGUCAGAUUGAUCGAGUAUCUCGGCCACAGCAAUCCUUACCUUAGCGGUGUGGUAUAUGCGGAGAUUCAACACCUGGCGGUGGCUAUGCAUAUGUCUGUCUGGCUCCUUUUUCGUCCGUUCUGGCGGACUCUGGGUGUUGUCCUGGCAAAAUCACUAACGAACCGCCCGAACGUGGCCGACCAGUUAUGUGAUCUUCUGGGCAUGGACAUGACUGGACUGAUGGGACAUACCGCUGAAUACGCCCUCCCCUACCUUGUCCUCCACAAGGAGCUAGACACCAUCAGACGCUUUGCAGAGGCAAAUGGUUCGUCCACCACCCCGUUUGACCUCUGCACCCAGGGAAAGAAUCUCAUUGCAAUACUUUCAUUCCUACUGGUACAGCCCUUCUCCGAUGCCGAACAGUCAAUCAUCUCUCUGUUAUCCGAAGUCUCGGAAGAUUUUGGGAAAAAUGAUCUCGCCAGUUGGGUUGCCCUGGAUCCAAUCCACAUCACCUGCGAAUUGCUCAAAGUCAUCGGCGACAGUGGACAGGGGAAGUCAUCGCGCGUCUAUCAAGCUCUCCAACUUCUUGCACAGUUGGUGGCUCGUCAGCGCGGGCAGUCUUCUGGGUCCAAGCGCAGUGACAGCAUGGGGUCCUUUUUGGAGAAUAACGUUCUCGCAAUCGUCACCCAUUUCACUGUUCUUUUGAAUGACCUAGAAGCGAAAGAGCCCAAGGUGGAGAAGCGCAGAUGCCUCGCAGCGCUAGGAGAAGUGGUCAAACUAGGCAAGAGUCGUGUGGUCCGAGCCUUGCCUCAAAUUUGCGCCUGCCUAAGAUCAGGCCUUGAUGAUAAAGAACUGUGCAACGCAGCGUUCAGCUCCUGGGUGGCCAUGAUUAGGUCACUCAAGAAAGACGACUUGGCACCCCUUAUUGACCAGACCUUAGCAAUCAUCGUCCGGACCUGGGACGUGCUGGACAGUCCUUCACAGCAGCUGGCUCACGAUGUGGUCGGCGAGUUGUUGCGCAAUCAUACUGCACUGAUUCGAGAGCAAUUCAGCACCAUGCCGUCGCUUGCUUCGAUCCCACUUCUGGCCAAGUACGAGGCUGAAAUCAGCGCCCUGAAACGCCAGAUGGACGAGCGGCGUCAACUCGCUGCAUUUAUCCCCAGACUACAGGACGAGAACCUGGUUGUCGUCCAACAGGCCUUGAACGAACUUCCACCACUUUUGGCUCAGAAGCAAGAUCUACUACAGCGCUCGAUCCUGCGAGAACAGCCAGACGAGUUCGUGGCAAAUUUGACGCGCGCUUUACUUGAGUGUUGCGUCCGGUUCAAUACAAGCAUCGAAAUCGGUACUCUAUGUGGCCAGUGCCUGGGUCAGAUAGGUUGUCUGGACUCUAGCAAGAUCGAAAGCGUGAAAGAGCGGAAGACCAUGGUGGUCCUAUCAAACUUCGGAAAGGCAGACGAGGUGAUCGAAUGGGUCUUCUUCUUCCUCCAACAUGUCCUAGUCAACGCAUUUUUGUCUGCAACAACGACCAGAGCGCAGGGGUUCCUUGCCUGGGCCAUGCAGGAAUAUCUCAAGACCUGCGAGCAGGACAACCCUUCUCGACAUGGCGAAGGUAAUCUCGCUUCACGGCUGUGGGCGAAGCUACCGGACAGCAUCCAGAACACACUAACGCCGUUCUUGAGCUCGAAAUACACCGUACAAGAAAUCAGACCGCCGGAGAAAAGUCAAUACCCAGUUUACCGGCCCGGCAUGAGACACCGAGACUGGCUUCGGACCGUGACUCUGGACUUUCUCCACCGAGGAUCUGGGGACAACGUGGACAUUAUGUUUGGAAUCGCUUGUCGUAUCAUCCACGGUCAAGACUCUUCCAUACCUGCCUUUCUCCUUCCCUACACCGUGGUCAAUCUCAUCGUCAGCGGCAUCGAGCGUGAUAGUGAAGAUAUCCUGGAGGAGAUCACAUGCAUUCUCAGCUUGUCAUUAGACGGUCAGGAGCGUCGAGUUCAGGAUGACAUCAAACUGUGCAGUCAGACGGUAUUUGAAAUCCUAGACUAUGUGUCUACCUGGCAUCAACAGAAGCGGAAGCAAUAUGCCAUGGGCGUGGCCAGAUCAGACCGCGGACACAACGAUCCCCUUCUGGAGAAUGCUGCAGCACAGAUACGGAGCAUUGAGCGAGUGCUGGAACGAAUCCCCCCGGACAUACUAGCAAAACGGGCACUCGAAUGCAAGUCUUAUUCCAGAGCGCUCUUUCACUGGGAACAACACAUCCGCAAGUCAAAGGCUGACGAUAUGGAAACGGAGCUGCAAAGAAUGCAGGAUAUAUAUGCUCAGAUCGAUGAACCGGACGGUAUCGAAGGCAUCUCAUCCCGGAUGUAUGUCCUCGACAUCGAGCAACAAGUCCUCGAACAUAAGAAAGCUGGUCGAUGGACGGCGGCUCAAAACUGGUACGAAAUGAAACUGCUGGCUGAUCCAGACAAUAACGACGUGCAAAAGAACUUGAUGGAUUGCCUCAAGGAAUCUGGACAAUAUGAUGUGUUGCUCCAUCACUUUGAGGGAAUCAAACGCCGAGGCACAACCUCUGGGACUCUUCUUGCACCCUAUGCACUGGAGGCUGCUUGGGCCACUGGUCAAUGGGAUCGUCUGUCCAGCUACGUCCCGAAAAGCGGCGGGUAUGAUUUUGCUUCUCAUCUGGCAGAGUUGAUGCUUGCUGUCAAGAACAACGAUACCGCAAAGGUGACACAGCUUUUCGAGGAGUUGUACGGCACUGCAGUAUCGGAACUGACCCCAGCGACCAUAUCUUCAUUCCAAGCCAGUCAUGAUACCUUGCUGAAAAUGCACGUCCUCAGCGAUGUGCAGCUGAUAACGUCGAGUGGUAAAGAUGACCGAUCGUCUGUUCUGGAGACUUUGAGAGGCCGCCUCGAUGUCCUGGGGUCGAAUGUAGCUGAUAAGCAGUAUGUCCUUGGAGUCCGACGCGCUCUGAUGUCUUUGCGACAAGACACCUUCACCUCGGACGAUGUUGCAGCAGCGUGGCUUUCGAGUGCCAGGCUGGCACGAAAGGCUCGAUCCACCACUCAAGCUUUCAAUGCCGUUCUCAAAGCGUCGGCUCUGGGCGACAAGUCUGCGGCGAUUGAACAGGCCAAACUCAUGUGGCUCGAGGGACACCAUCGAAAGGCAAUCCAGAUCCUAGAAGGAGCGAUCGAGUCUGGUGCUUUUAUAGCCCACGACUAUAUUGCCGAGAAUGGGCCGGUCACCAUGACAGUCGAACAGCGUCAUUCCCAGAACGAACUCAUUGCCAAAGCCCACGUCUUGCUCGGCAAAUGGCUUGAUCAAGCCGGCCAGACCCAGUCGGAUGCGAUCCUCAAGACAUUCCGCAAGGCCACGGAAAGCUUUCGCAGAUGGGAGAAGGGUUGGUAUAACGUUGGGCGUUACUACAACAAGAUCCUGGACUUGGAGAAAACGAUGCCUCCUGGCAAAGAAAGCCAGACAUAUCUGACUGGAGAAACGGCGAAACUGGUGAUUGACAACUAUCUGAAAUCACUCACCAGCGGGAGCAAAUACAUCUUCCAGACAUUGCCCAAGAUUCUGACACUGUGGCUGGAACUCGCAGAGAUGGCGGACUUGCCGAAAGACCCACGACGCGGCAACGACAGUUUCCACAUGCACAAUUCGGCACAACGAAAGCGAGUUAUUGAGGAUACAAACAACCUGAUCAAGAGAUACAUUGACCGCCUUCAACCAGUCCUGUUUUACACAAUUCUGCCCCAAGUCGUUGCUCGGAUUUGCCAUCGAGACCAUACAAUCUCCGGAAUGCUGGGGAGCAUCAUCGUCAAAGUCGUGCGGGCGUUCCCUCAGCAGGCGAUGUGGACACUUCUGGCCGUUGUGCAGUCGAAACAAAAGGACCGAGCAAAGAGAGGAAUAGAGCUUCUCAGACAGAUAUAUGAGACGGAGAAGAAGUCGUCGAAAGGCGGAACGGCCAGUGCUGUAGAGCUGAGAAACCUGUCGACCAAGGGGCAGACUUUCAUCACAGAGUUGAUCCGAAUCUCCGAAGAGCCGAUCAACGAGAAGGUGUCCCGCAUCAGCCUGUCCGCCAAGUUGGGCUUCAAGCACGAAAUCGCACCACCGAAACUGGUCGUGCCGAAUCAAGCCUCCUUGAUACCCAGCAUGCCGACCAACUUCGAGGCAGCCCAGCUCAAGGCGUUCCGGCCAUUUGCCAAAGAGCCGGUGACGAUCUCGGGAUUCCUGGACGAGGCGCUCGUGCUCUCGUCUCUGCAGAAGCCACGAAGACUGACGAUCCGCGGGUCCGACGGCGCCCUGUACAACGUGCUGGCCAAGCCCAAAGAUGACCUCCGCAAAGACCAGCGACUCAUGGAAUUCAACACGAUGAUCAACCGGGUGCUCAAGCGCGACGUCGAAGCGGCCAAGCGCCGCCUCUACAUCCGCACGUACGCGGUGGUGCCGCUCAACGAGGAAUGCGGGCUCAUCGAAUGGGUCGACAACCUCAAGACGUUCCGCGACAUCAUCCUCAAACUGUACAAAGACAAAUCCAUCCAGCCGAACUACAUCGAGAUCCGCAACCUGCUGGACGAGGCGUGCUCCGGCGACCCGGACAAGAUCCAGAUCUUCCCGACGCGCGUGCUCAGCAAAUUCCCGCCCGUGUUCCACGAAUGGUUUGUCGAAAGCUUCCCCGACCCGUCUGCGUGGUUCAACGCACGCCUGCGCUACACGCGCUCCGCGGCCGUCAUGUCGAUCGUCGGCCACGUCUUGGGGCUGGGCGACCGACACGGCGAAAACAUCUUGUUCGAAGAAGACAACGGCGGCACGCUGCACGUCGACUUCAACUGCCUGUUCGACAAGGGCCUGACCUUUGAGAAGCCCGAAAUGGUGCCCUUCCGCCUCACGCACAACAUGGUCGACGCCAUGGGCGUGUAUGGCUACGAAGGCCCGUUCCGGCGCUGCUGCGAAAUCACCCUGACGCUGCUCCGCUCCAACGAGGACGCAUUGAUGACCAUUCUCGAAACCUUCCUGCACGACCCCACCACCGACUUCAUUAACUCUGGCGGCAGGAAGAAGAAACAGGUCAACGGCGUGCCGAAUACGCCCGUCGAGGUCCUCGAGGGCGUCAGAGCAAAGGUCAGGGGCAUGUUGCCCGGUGAAAGUGUGCCGUUGAGCGUGGGGGGUUAUGUCGAUGAACAGAUCAGGAGGGCGACCGAUAUGGCGAACCUGGCCAGGAUGUAUAUUGGCUGGUGUGCUUUCUUUUGA